GUAUCCCUUUACAACUUAACUUUUCAUACUUCCGUGGUCCAGUGAGUAGUACACCGAACUCGCAGGCAAAGCCGAGCAUCUACCGAUCUCAGUUGAAGAUGUCAGUCUUAAAGAUCCCGGAUGGUGGGGGAGACAGCAUCACUCUCCUGGAAGUGGAUGGUUAUUUGUACCCCAAUUCAGAUAUUGAGGCCCCAGCCGACGUCAUCAAAGGCAUCCGCGACCUUCCCAUCCGAGAGGAUGACGUCUUUGUCUGCGCCUAUCCUAAAUGUGGCACUCACUGGAUCUGGGAAAUGGUCCGACUUCUUCUGUUGAGCGACACGGACACUGUCAUUGAGAAGGAUCAACUGAUGUUAGAGUUCAUCAAAGGCGAGGUCUUAGAGAAGUUCCCGUCGCCGCGUAUUUUGAACACGCAUUGCUUUGUUGAGCAGCUGCCACGUGGUGUGUUUGAGAAGAAGUGCAAAAUAAUCUACAUCCUCCGAAACCCCAAGGACAUGGCUGUGUCGCUGUUCCACCACCACAAGAAACUGAUAUGUUAUGAAUAUAAAGGGAAGUGGGAAAACCAUUUGUCUUUACUGAUGGAUGGGAAAGUCGACUUCGGGGCGUUUUUCGACUACAUGAAGGACUGGGCAGCGGUUGGGAAAACUCACCCCGAGUUGCCGACCUUGACCUUAAUGUAUGAAGAUAUGAAAGAGGAUCCACUAACUGGCAUUAGGAAGUUAGCAAAGUUUUUGAAUGUUGAAAAAUCAGAGGAAUUCUACCACAAAGUAAAAGAGUUGACGAGUUUCAACAAAAUGAAAGAAGCGAAGGGCAAAUUCUUUAAAGCGCCUGACGGUUCUGCUGUUAUGUACAGAAAAGGUGAAGUUGGCGACUGGAAAAAUUACUUCACCGUGGCCCAGAACGAGGCUUUUGACAGACUAUACAAGGAAAAGAUGGGUGAUUGUGACAUAAACUUUAGAUACUCGCUGAAGUAAGGAACGAAGACCAAGGUGUCAGAUGGGAAAUGUAUACCCAUGCCGAUAGAAGAACAAGAAACACAUUACUACAGAGUGUUACAGGACUCAAGAGGAGAGAAUAUUUUAUUUUGAAUAUUUGCUGAAUUUUGAUUACAAUUACUAUUACAUAGUCACGAUUUGUGGCAAUUUUGAAGGAUCACGAGAAUAUAUGGUUCUUUGGUAAAGGUGCUUGUGUUUAUACAAUGGAUUUGUUUUCAUGUUUCUAUAUCCGAGUCAAACUCGUAUUAUCUUGACGUUACAUGGAGAUAUUUUGGUAUGGCUAAUGUCAGUAUAAAGUUGAUGGUAUUUUU